AUGCUGGUUGAAAGCCUCCCGGUCAGACGAAUUUCUCCUAAUCGGAUGAAGUUCACCCUAGGCCUGGGGUCGCGGGCGUGGAGAGUGUCCUGGGAGCGGGCGGCGGCGGCGGCGGCGGGCCCAGGGACGGGCGGCGGCGCGCUCGGCGGCGGCGCCCGGCGCUCUUCCAGCCCGCGGCCCGGCCGCCGCGGCUCUCGGCUCGCGCGCGCCCUCCCUCUAUGCCUCUCCCGCGGCUGCGGCGCCCGAGCUCUCCCGGACCGCGCCGGGCCCAGUCCCGGCCGCCUCGGCGCCAGGCAGCUGGCCCGCCCGCGCGCCAUGGGUAAGGGGCAGGCGGACGAGGCGGGGGGUGUCCCGGCGCCUCCCUUCCCUCGCGCCCGCCGUGCCCGGGAGCCCGGGUCCCUGAGCAGCCGCGUUCUCCGCACGCCGCCAGUCCCGGGGAGGGGGGCGUUCGGCGUGUCGCGGGGAGGGGAUGUCCCAAGUAGACGCGUCAAAAGUCGCGAAACGGCACGGAGGGCUGAAGCGCGCGGCGCCUGCGCCCCUGCCCACUCCCGGAGCCGGCCCCGGUCCGUUCGCUCUGACUCAGAGGACCCACCGGUCACCUUCGGAGGCGCCCCGGGUGCAGCCCCUGUCCCCGCAAGACCACCCUCGGCUAACCCGCCGGUGUUCUCUCCCCUCCCCUCACUCUCGUCGGGCGCGUCCGCAGAGCAGACGUACGGCGAGGUGAAUCAGCUGGGCGGUGUGUUUGUCAACGGCCGGCCCCUGCCCAACGCCAUCCGCCUGCGCAUCGUGGAGCUGGCGCAGCUGGGUAUCCGACCCUGUGACAUCAGCCGGCAGCUUCGCGUCUCCCACGGCUGCGUGAGCAAGAUCCUGGCGCGCUACAACGAGACGGGCUCCAUCCUGCCCGGGGCCAUCGGGGGCAGCAAACCCCGUGUCACCACUCCCAACGUGGUCAAGCACAUCCGGGACUACAAGCAGGGCGACCCCGGCAUCUUUGCCUGGGAAAUCCGCGACCGGCUGCUGGCCGAUGGCGUCUGCGACAAGUACAACGUGCCCUCUGUGAGUUCCAUCAGCCGCAUCCUGCGCAAUAAAAUCGGCAGCCUGGCUCAGCCCGGGCCCUACGAGGCGAGCAAGCAGCCGCCGCCGCAGCCUGCUCUGCCUUACAACCACAUCUACCAGUAUCCCUACCCCAGCCCUGUGUCUCCCACGGGCGCCAAGAUGGGCAGCCACCACGGGGUCCCCGGCACGGCGGGCCACGUCAGCAUCCCCCGUUCAUGGCCCUCGGCUCACUCCGUCAGCAACAUCCUGGGCAUCCGGACGUUUAUGGAGCAAACAGGGGCCCUGGCGGGGAGCGAAGGCGCCGCCUACUCCCCGAAGAUGGAAGACUGGGCCGGCGUGAACCGCACGGCCUUCCCCGCCAGCCCCUCCGUGAAUGGGCUCGAGAAACCCGCCUUGGAGGCGGACAUUAAAUACACUCAGUCGGCCUCCGGCCUCUCCGCAGUGGGCGGCUUCCUCCCGGCCUGCGCCUACCCGGCCUCCAACCAGCACGGCGUGUACAGCUCGCCGGCCGGCGGCUACCUCGCCCCGGGCCCGCCGUGGCCUCCGGCGGCGCAGGGUCCCCCGCUGGCGCCCCCUGGGGCCGGCGUCACCGUGCACGGCGGGGAGCUCGCCGCAGCCAUGACCUUCAAGCAUCCCAGCCGAGAAGUGGCCGACCGGAAGCCUCCCAGCCCCGGCGGCAAGGCCCCCGACGGCCUGGGGAGCUUACACGGACUGCCCAUCCCAGCCUCGACUUCCUAGGGCCACGCGUCCCAGAGCUGAGCCCGAGCCCGAGCCCUGAGGCAGUGGCGGAGCGGCGGGCGCAGCGGGGCGCGGACCCGAAGACUCGCCGCCGCCGAGGUGCCCACCAGCCCCGACCUCGCCUGCCCGGUGUCCGACGGCCUUGCUUCCUCCGUGGGCCGGGGUUUUCGGCUUCUCUGAACUCUGGCUUCAGACUGUUGCAUCCCCGUCGCGAUCUUUGCUCCGACGUGACCUCCCUCGCCUUGCCGUCCUCCAGAGUCUUUUCCUGCUUCUCCCAGGGCCACUGUCCCUUGGUCUUUUCCCUUCCCCAGUGUCCCUCCUUCCAGCUCUCCCAGACUCCGGCUUCCUCCCUCCUUCCUACUGACUCUCCUUUCCCUCCUCACCUUUGCCCUCUCCCUCCGCGUUUUCUCCCUCGUCUCCCCAUCCGUGCGUGGGCUCUCUUUGCUGUGAUCCAGCCCAGUCCAUCCCUUCUCUCCUUGGCCUUUGCAGUUCUGACUCUGCCUCUCUUCAUCGGUACUACCCCUGACCCCUGCUCUCUGGGGACAGCCCAGGCGGGUCUCCAGGACAGCCCCUCCUCUCUUUAGCCUCCACUCCUCUGGGCCCCCAAGCCCAACAGAGGGGGCUCAAAGCUGGGAGAUGGACAGAGAAGCCACAGCUCUUACUUGGUAUUUUUGUAAUAAGGAACCUGAACAAAAUCUCAGUGAACUGUCCUUUCUCCUCCCUCCCCUAAGGAUGUUAUCUGGAAAUCUCCUUGUCUGGAUAUUUUCUCGGUGCCUGGUGGCUGGGUUUCUCUUUGCUUCCUCUGAGAUGAUGUCACCCCAAAGAAGGUGAGGAGGGGACCAGGGCCACUGGUGUUUUCUGUAGUUAGAAAACCAUGCGUGUCCUGGAGGUGUCCCUCCCACCUCUCCACACCCAACAGGGAGGGAAUUCACAUGUGGUGGACGCAUCAGCACUGUUUUUGGUACUCAGGGGUCAGCACGUUUGUUAAUUUAAACCACAAACUGCUUCCGGGUACAAAGGUGCAAUCUGGCUUCUGGUUUGCAAAGGGAUGGGGGUCAAAAAAAAAAAACCAAAAAAAAAAAAAAAAAACAAAAAAACCAACAACAGCAACAGCCCAGAAAGUGUCUUCUAGAGUGGGACACAAGCCCUGUUAACUGCUUCCAAGUUCAGGCGCACUGGUGGCAGGACCCUGGACAUAAAACUGCAAUUUCUGUGGUCAUAAACAUGUCACUGGCGAGAGUCUGACAUCACCUGUUAAACGUGGCUGCCUUUGAAUAAAGCAAAGCGUCUGAAGUAUGCUCGGUAAGGGUGAGCAGUCCUGUUCAGCCUGGAGAGCUGUGUAGACACAUCUCCCCUCCCCUAGCCCCAGGGUCUCCAGCAGGAACGCUAGGAAGAGGGGAUUAUUCUAUUAGUUUCCUCAUCAGCACUUGCAGCCCAGGUUGGGCAGAAAGAGGAAGAGGAAGGGAGAUGGGGGGGGCGCGGUGGAAUUUUCAGGGAUUAGCAAAAUGCAAAAAAAUUAGCAAAAUUAGCAAAAUACAGAAACCAUCCUAAAAUGAAGUAAAUUCUUAGAGGGGGGGAUAAUGGGCAGAAGGCAGUGAGGAGCAACGGAGGACUUAGAACAUUUUCAACAUUCUGAAAGCUAAAGAAAAUUGUCACACGCUACCACCUAACCUAGGGAUUUCUCCCUCCAGAGGUGUCUCCAGCUACUUGUUUUCUUUUUCCUCCCUGGGUUUGGCUUUCUCAGACCGACAGAAGAGAUGUUUGAAUGGAAGGGGGUGCUUGUCAAUGGAGCUGCCUGCUUGGAGGGAACCAGUGGGGAGAUUUUUCCCACUGCCUCUCACUGCAGCUGUACCUGCUGAGGGUAUUCAUCGAAGUUAAUGAAAAGGGAAUCUCGUUUUUACAUAGAGAGGCUUUUCUUCCCAGGUCUUCAAAGUCUCUUGGCCAGUUUAAAAAAAUUCCAUUUUAUAGACAGGAAUACUGAGGGCUAGAAGUUUAGUUUAUUUCUCUGGACCACAUACAGCAAACUAUGGAUGACAGGGCUUGGACAUGGAAACCGGGUGAUACCAUCUUAUCAGAGAGCUCGAACUUUGAGCCUGGGGUCCUCAGCCUUUGGUACCAGCAUUUCCGGCAGAGAGGCUGCUCAAGGAUUUAGAUGAGCUUUGCAUGCUCAGUAUCCACAGGAUUUUCACAUGGCCAUUCUUGCUGCCUGGAGGACUGCCAGGAAGAAGCCACCUUGCCUUUUCUGAAGAAACAGGAAGAACCUGUGUCUGGUUGCUGUCACCAUCUUUGCUCUGCCACCUCUGACUCUGUGCUCGGGCUGACCUGACCCAGGGGUGAGAAGAGCUGCAGGAAAGAGGGAGGAUGCCAUCUGCAAAGGGAGGCCUUUGCCAAGUCUGUCCCCUGAGCCUCCCCAUGUGGUUCCCAGGAGCUGAGAGAGCAUUAGAGGCUGGGCAGCAUCUGGGCACAGCACACUCUGUCCACGGAGCUUAGGUGAAACCCCUGCCCCACUGGAUGCAACAGAGGCCUGAGACCUCACCAAGCCUCAGUGUCCCAUCUGUGAAAUGCACCCUCCCUGUGGUGACACCACGGUGACUGGACCGCUGGAAGCUGGGCCCUGGUGUUGCUUCACCUCUCUGGUGAUUAUUUUUUGGCUGUUAGCAAAGGCAAGGGGAGUCGGUUUUGGGUUGAUGGAAGGACCCAGAAUUGAAACAGUUUUCAAAAGAUCCCAUUAAGUGCUGCAUUUUUGUUCCUGCAUGUGGAUCUGUGGGGGCACCAGGGCUCGAGAUAAGAUUACAAAAUACCAUGUUAGGUCGAGUAAUUUGAGAAAGAAUCACUCCCCAGAGGCAAUUUGCACUAGCCCCUGCCUUUUAUUGUACUUUUUAAUUUAAGAAUAAGUUUUUUUUUAAACUAUAGAGAAGUGCCAAAAAAAAAAAAAAGACAAAAAUGACCUAUCAUCACUCAAACACCCCUUUGAUUUGUUAAAAGGAUGAACAGAAUAUAUCUACCUGGUUAGAAAAUUCUAGCCGCACAGAACCAUCGAAAUGAAAAGUGAAACUUUCUUCCUGUCCUCACCUCUGUCCUUAAAGGCGAAGGUGGUUACAGUCUUUUAUGAGUCUUUCCAAGGGGGGGAAAGAAAAAGCAGACAGCCGAACUCUGUUUCUGUGUAUGUGCUCUUUCAGGGAACGCUCCAGAGCCAGGCUGGGUGCACACAGAUGGGGUCUGGAGAUCUGAUCUUUGCACGCCACCAGCUCCACCGUAUCCACUUUAUUCUCGUCCAUGGAUGCAUAUCAACAAGGGUUUAUUAGAACCAGAGUAUUUGUAAAGAGUGCCAGCUUCGUGCUCUAAAUGAAUAAAGACGGGAUUCUGAUGCAUUCGUUAUUGGAGGAAGGGCUUCGAGUGAAUUGUUUGAACUUUCCUGGGAAAGGUGGCUGCUUUUUGGCAGGGAGCAAGGGGAGCAAACUAAAAGGCAGGAGGUGUGGAGCUCUGUCCUUCCGAAGACAUCCUGGCUUGUCCUAGAGGUCGCCGAAGGAUGCUCAAAGCUGCAAGAGACUGAAAAAUGCAGUCUUCCUUUCUUUGGAAAGGAGUCUGUCUCUCUAGGUCAGGGGAGAGAGACAGAGGCAGAGGGGUGGGGUAGACCCUUGCUUGAAGAAAUCCUGGAUGGGAGUGAAAUGUAAACAUCCAGCACCGGCACAAGCAGUCUUUUUACGAGUCCCCAGUUCACUUGAAAUCCAUGUGGCAUUAAUCUCUGAUGGGUGGACCUGGCUUAUUGACAACUGUGUUUCCCUAUUUGCUUGUUUCUUGACUCCUGUUAAAGAGGAUGGGAUUUAUUUAAUGGAGCGUUGGUCUGGGUUAGAACCCACUUUAGAUUUCCUGGCAUCAGUUUCUCUCGCUAGAAUUACAUUGGCCAGGGUUUCUUUUCAAAAGAAACUCUACCUGCGUUGUGUUCUGCGGGAUAAUAUGGAUUUAGAAUCUCGCCAACAUGUGCCCGAGGAACUCAGCUGAAAGCGUUGUGCAACCAGGCAGGCUAUGUAAUGAGAAACAUUUGAUUCUCUUUUUUAAUGGGCGGGAAUGAUGCACAGAAUGGUAUUUGGGCUUCCCCUUGACCUUGCCGUUUGAACUAUAGCCUCCCUCACUGUGCCUGAGAUAUUUCUAGCCAACUUAUUGGAUCUCAACUUUAAAAAAAAAUUCUUCUGUUUUGGGAUUUUUUUUUUUUUUAAGGGACAGAGCAAGGAGGAAUCACACUGCCUUCUUUUUCAAGGCAAUAAAAUGAAAACCACACAUGUAGUAACAGUCCAACUUGGGAAUUCUAAACACUUGGAACAAUUAUACUCAAUUUAGUCUAGUCUCUUCUUUGGAGUUGAAACCAGUUGAAACCCCUGCUUCAUUCUAAAGAGCUUUUCUCCAAGAGACCGGUCAAGAUCCUCCUUGGAACACACAUCUGUUUCUGGGCUGGCCAAAUCCAAAAGUGGAAUCCCAAUUACAGUUUUCAUGGGUGAUGGAAUUUCAACUGCCUUACAGUUUAACCACCUGGGUUGCCUUCACUCGUUUUCUUCUUGAGGAUGAAAUAAGCUGAUUAAGUGUUCACUCAGUUUAUUAAAUUACAUUUCCAUCCUGUAACAUUCUAUUUCCUUUUUCUCUGGUGAGAUAUAUUGACUGGAUGGAUUAUCUCCAGUGUCUUAUAUUGGCCACACAAUUUUCACUUUUGGGACGUUCUCCCAGUUGCUAGUGGAUGCGGUUUUAGCUUUAUAGGAUUUAAUUUUCCCCCAAACAACAAACAACACAACAAAAAUUCUUUAACUAGAUGGUUUUAAUUUAACAACGAACCUCUUGGAUGAAAAAAAUGAGAAAGAUAAUUUGAAUGAAUGGAAGGAAAUGGAUUUCUUAAAAAGAGUUGCAUUGGAACUUAAAGCUUGCGAAACAUUAAAAAAAAAAAAAAAAGCGCCUCUGGCGAACAAGUUGUAAUAGGAUUAGCUUGAUCUAAGAAGAGAAAGUAUCAUUCUGGCCACCAGGGGGAGCAACACAUUGUUCCAGGAAGAUAACAGACGAAUGCAAAGAUAAUAGUAUAUAUAGAACCUUUUUCUUGUUUUAUUGACGUAUAGUUGAUUUACAAUGUUGUGAUGUAAAUCACAGUGUACAACAAAGUGAUUCAGUUAUACACGUACACACAUCCGUUCUUUUUCAGAUUCUUUUCCCGUAUAGACCAUCCCAGAAUACUGGGGAGAGGAAAUCCAUCAUUCUGUUAACAUGGUCCACUUGUGAACAACAUAUUUACAAGACAAAUGCUCUUCCUGUUGUUGUUGUUUAUUAUCACUGAUAAUCAGAUGCUUUGAUUCUGGAACAAACAGGAUAGGCGGGGUGUAGAGUGAAAAACCGAUUUUCGAGGCUCACCGUGUGAGAAUGAUCAAGUAAGUCAGACAAUACCAGGAGCACCUUAACGAUGUUUCACUUCUAAGUUUGACUCUCUAAGAGAUACAUGUAUUCAAUUCUUCGAAUCUGGGAACCAAUAAUGAGUUUUAAAAAGCAACUUAGUUGAAAUGGAUGUCUUCGGGAAAUAAAAUAAACGUUAUAUUUGUGCAA